GGCAUAAUUUUCCAGGAAAUAGGAAGAGUUACGACGUAUUGAAAUUUGUUUCAUUAGUCAUGGCAGAAAACGUUUUUCUUUUUAUUCCUAAUAUUAUCGAUUACUUCAGGAUUAUAUUUGCAUUUAUAUCGUUCUACUACAUGCCAUUUGCCCCAGUAAAGGCAUCAGUAUGCUAUCUGCUCAGUGGUUUCCUUGAUGCAUUUGAUGGACAUGCUGCAAGAAUGCUCAAUCAAGGAAGUAAGCUUGGCGCCAUGUUGGACCAGCUGACGGACCGAAUCACCACCAUGUGUUUGUGUGCGGCCCUGUGUCACUUCUACCCAAGCUACAUGCUGUUCUUCCAGUUCAGUAUGGCUCUCGACAUCUUCAGUCACUGGAUUCACCUGCAUAGUUCUAUGAUGAAAGGCAGCACAAGCCACAAAAUCAUUGAUCUGUCUGCAAACCCUGUUUUGUAUUAUUACUACCACAAUAAGAUAGUGCUGUUUACAUUCUGUGCUGCUAACGAACUCUUCUACUGUCUUCUGUAUUUGAACUACUUCACAGCUGGUCCAGUGUUGCCACUUGGACCGCUGUCGAUUGGACUGUGGAAACUCCUGGUUAUUAUCUGUGCUCCUCUGUCCUUCCUGAAGAUGGCUAUCAGCGGAAUCCAGCUCACCACUGCGUGUCAGAAUAUCGCUGCGAUGGAUGUCGCAGAGAGAGAGCAGGCACAGCGCGAACAGAAGAUCAAGUGAUCUCACUGAGUUGUCUCCUCUUGCUUCAACUAUCAUGAUCUCUAAAACAACUGUUUGGAAUUUAACGUUGUGGAGAUUACAAGAAAUAUAUGAGCUUAAUUUUAAAAGCCUCAUUUGAUUUACAUUAAUUUAAAACACUUAAACACUUGCAUUUAAAAAAAUGUGUUUCGUAAAUUCAGCUUUUUGUGUAGCUUUAUCUAUUAGGAGAGUUGCCUCCCAUGUAUGUUCAGCCAUUAAAUUAUAGAAGAAUCGGCCUCGGUGGCGCAGUGGUUAAGUCAUUGGUCAACAGGCUGGUAGGUUCAGGGUUCACAGCCCAGAUAGCUGAGGUGUGUGCCCAGGACAACAUGCUUGAACCUUAAUUGGAUAUAA